UCAGCAGAAUAAGUAGACCAGUCGACAUCUUUGAAGCAGAUCGCAUUCCAGUACGUGAUGAGCAGAUUUUGAGCUAAAUUGUUUACCUCAGGCGUUUUAUAGCUAAAGACACAAGGGACCAGUGGAAUAUAUCUGAUUUUGUGUUUUGUAGUGUUUUGUCUUCUGUAAAGGUAAGAUGGGCAGUCAAUACCAGCGGUCAGUACCACUUGAGGUGAGGAGAGCAGAGGGAGAGAGGGUCCGAGCAAAGCAUCCGGACAAAAUACCGAUCAUUGUGGAGAGGGCUCCGAGGUCGCGAGCACCUGAACUGGACAAGAAAAAAUACCUAGUGCCCUCAGAUCUAACAGUUGGCCAGUUGUGUUUCCUCAUCCGUCAGCGAGUGUCUUUGAGGCCAGAGGAGGCGCUCUUCUUCUUUGUCAACAACUCCCUUCCUCCAUCCAGCUCCCCUCUCUCUGCUGUAUAUGAGGAGCAUCAUGAAGAGGACCUGUUUCUCUACAUGACUUACAGUAAUGAGAGUGUGUAUGGUGCCUGAGGGAGGACAAAAGACUGGAGAGAGAGACAGAGAGUGAGAGAUGAUGAAGUGAGACAGACAGAGUGAAGAGUUAAGGCUGUUUGUAAUGCUUCACACCACUAUUAUUCACUAUAUUAGUUUUGAUAAGUAUCUUCAUUACAUGGUAAAGAAAGUUUGGGGGUUGGGUUUCCAUUUGUCAGUAUUUUGGGGUGAACGUAAUCUGUUUCAGGGCACUUAAAGUUUAGUAGAUUUCCUGAAAAAAAAAAAAAAGAAGGAAGAAUGGUAAACUGAGAGAAUGCAUCGUAAAAGGAAGUUAUCGGAAAUGAUUAUGAGAGAACUCUCGUUGUCUUUCUCAGUCAUCUGUAUUUAAUGCAAAUAGUAUUUUUUUUUGUAAAUUAAUAUCAUAAACUUUUGUGGAAAAUAAAGAUCAAAAUACAAACUU